CUUUGUUUUGCAGGUCAGAAACACAACACGGAGAGGAGAAGAAGAAGGGAACAGGGUGUGCUGUGCUUGUAUACACAGAGAAAAAACUGCGUCGGGAACAAAGACAAGUAGGAGAGUGGGUUUACAGAGUGUUCUGCUGUGAAGAGGAGACACACAGAGAGGAAUAUGCCUUCAGAAAAGACGUUUAAACAAAGGAGGACCUUUGAACAGAGAGUGGACGAUGUGAGACAGAUCCGAGAGCAGCAUCCCAACAAAAUCCCGGUGAUCAUUGAGAGGUACAAGGGCGAGAAACAGCUUCCCAUUCUGGACAAAACGAAGUUUUUGGUUCCUGAUCACGUGAACAUGAGCGAACUCAUCAAGAUCAUCAGGAGGCGCCUGCAGCUGAACUCUAACCAGGCCUUCUUCCUGCUGGUAAAUGGCCACAGCAUGGUCUCCGUCUCGGCGGCCAUUUCCGAGGUGUACGAGCGCGAGAGGGAUGAGGACGGCUUCCUGUACAUGGUCUACGCCUCUCAGGAGACGUUCGGAGCGGCCGGAGCGCAAUAAGCCGCUUCCUGGUUUUCGGUUUCGGACACUGAUACGAUCCCUCGUUCCCGUCCUCCUCACUUCCUCCCUCCUCACGCAGAAGCAGAUGCGAGAAACUGCAGAACCGAGACAGACGUCUUUCCUGUCCGUUUUGCUAAGAGCUGAUUUCAGAUCAUUCGUUUUAUCCCAGUGUUUGUUAUAAAUGUAAGGGGUCGUUCUUUUUGUUUUCAAAACACACUUCAGCUAGCGAUUAGCCUCGAAACGACGGCUAGGCUGCAAACACGUGUGUCUUCUGUUAUCUUCAUCAACAGCGUGUGUCAGAGGUCAGAAUCAGAGUCUGAUGAGAUCUGAUUUCUUCUAAUUCUUUUCUUUUUUUUUUUUUUAAUUUUACAAUUUUAUCGUAUAGAAAUUGUCAUAUGUGAGUGUUGCUAAUGUAAACGUAUAGCGAGAGCUCUGAGGUCAGGUACAGCUCAGCUCAGUUCCUGUCGAAAGCUUCACGUGGUUUUAAUUUAAUUUUACCAAAUUUCUGUAGUUCUCGUGACUCUCAGAUCCAGACAAGCUCUGAGCUUUACAGUGAUUUGCUAAAUUUGAGCACGCAGGCUUGUGUCGAUAAUCGGUUGGACGUUAUAUCACAAUAUUUUACUCAAGAUUUAUCCGUUCUUGCUGCAUUCUGAAAUAAGAAGCAAGCAACUGUGAUGAUAAACUAUACAUAUAUCGCAUACACAGCUAGCUAGACGCGAUGAUUAAGGAUGCAUCGAUCCAAUACUAGGAUAUCGUAUCAUACUGAUAUUAAUCUAAAACGCUGAACGAUAUCAGAUUUGAUUUGAUACGCUUUCCAAUCCUUUUUACAGUGACGCAUUUUUCUGUCUAAACAAUUCAAUGUUGUAGUUUCACGCAUCGCAAAUCCAUAACCGAAUCCUCAAAUCUCACGUUACAGCUACGAUGAUUUACAUCUCUACGUUCAUGUUGCAGUUACAAACCACAACUUUACAUCCUUUCGGAUUUAAAGCAACAAUAACAAUUUUGGUUUCGACCAAAAAACUCAUUACUGAAAGGCCAAGUAGCGAAGAGCUAAGUAGAUGAUGCAGACAGCUAGGCGUGGAGCUAACACAAAAUCGUACGAGUCGCAGCUACAAACCGAAAACGUAAAAUUGUUCAACUCGUAAAAUGAACCGAUGGUGUGAAGCGUUUUUUUUUGUAGCAAACGCUACAAAUUUGAACUUUGACGCUUCAUAUUUUACAGAAUUCAGUUUUUGUGUAGAGAUCUGAUUACACAGUAAAUAAACACCAAAGUGUAUUUUACGAUGUGAACUUUGAGGUAAAUUUAGCAAUUAUCCCAACCUUGUCAUGAUGUUUAACGUUACUACCACAAAACCUGCUCGUUGCCUUGGUUACGGUGAGGAUUUCAGUAUAUAUGAGUUCUGAUAUCUUGUCUAAGAGUGGGUGAUAUGAUAAAGUGACAUUGUUAUUACGAUAUAUUAUUCUGUACGUAACGUGAAUGUUUACGGUUUGACUAAUUUUUUUUUGUAAACUUUUAAUGAAAAUGUAAUUUUUAUAUAUAUAUAUAUCGUAUCACUAGAUCUUUGAUUAAUGAUAAUUAUUAGCAGUCUUUGAUAAUUGAUUAGCAGUCGUCUGCAUAUUGUUCACGAUAACAUGUUCCGAGUAUCGUGAUAUAUUUUUGUCACAUCACCCAGCCUUAGUAUCAUAUCGAAGAGUUUUUUUUUUUUUUUAAAUGGAUUAAUCUUAAGACAAAAUCUGAAGAGGUUUGUUUACGGUAUAAAUACUGUCCGAUCAGAACGUCUACACAGAAACGUAACGUUUAAUAUUGUGAUUAAAACGUUAGCCGAUGCAUCGAUAGCGAUACUGUUAAUACUGAUAAACCAAAUCUGUGAUCUGAAAGGUUAAAGGUUUUACGAUUCUGUCUUUCUUCACGUCUUUGCUUUUGUGGGUCGCUCAGAUGACUAAAAACAAAAAAAAAAAAAAUGCCAUGCUGUAAGACCGUGUAUGAUUGUAGUUCCGAGAGUUGUAGAGCUGAUUAUAGGGAAAAAAAAAACAAUCAUGUAAAGCGUUUAGCUGAAAAAAACGAGAAGGGCAGAAGCAGAUAAAUGAAAGGGAGCUGAUUUGUGUUUGGAACACAGCCAACAUCAUCGCUUUUCUUCCAUCGCACGCUUUUUAGAGUUUUCUUAGAGCUUUAUUUACGCCUUUAUGAACGCGUCCCGUGUGUAUACGUCGCCGUGUCUACAUAACUGUACGACAAACACUUUAGAUGCCUUUUAUCCUUUGCAUUUAGCCUGAAUGUUUUUAUUUAAAGAAAUGUUUCCUUGUAAAAAAAAAAAUGUUCAUAUGCUAUACUUCUGUGUAAGGAACAAAACCAAUAACUGAAUAAAAGAUAUUUCUUUGAAA